GAAUGCAAGCACAAGUGCAGAGGGUGGAUAGCGGUAGUGGGGCUUUCCAGCGCAGAGGGCAGAAAAAGAGUAACAGAGGGGGUUAAGAGUGGGUGAAGUAAACCGACACAGAAAGGAAAGAAAAAAAUGAUUCCCUUACCUGCAGUGGAUCAACUGAGACAUACAACAGAAAGAGAGAGGAAGCAAGCGUGACAGACAGACAGAAAAGAAAAGAGAAGAAGACAAUUGACGCAAUAGCACGGGUCAGCAUGACCAAAUAAUCAUCAAUUCCUUGGUAACUUACAUAAAUAGAUCAAUCAUUUCCGUAAUUUGUGUUAAGGGUUGUAUACGUCAACAGACUUCAUAUGACUGUAAAGUAAUCACACUGAAAGGACCGAAUCGAGACAACGGUGAACAUAACCAAGAUGGGAGAAGUGAAAUGCAAAUGUCCAAAAGGAAAAUAUAUGCUUUCCAGUUGUAAUGCCACAUCGGAUAUAGUGUGCCAAACCUGCCCACGGCGAACAUUUAUUGAUCAGGAAAACAAAAUGAGCCAGUGUCGAGCCUGCAGGGAGUGUUCCAACACCAGCAACAUGGAGAUGGAAAAGGAGUGUGAGGCAGACAAAAACACACAGUGCAGGUGUAAGCCGGGAUACUACUGUACACACAUAAGUGAAUCCCACUGCGAUUACUGCAGUCCGGUCUCCACGUGUCCUCCAGGGAUGGGAGUUGCCUUUCAUCACAUGUUCAAGAAAGACACUGUGUGCAUACCCUGCCCAGAAGGAACCUACAGCGAUGUGCAGGACUACUUUUCCAGCUGCAAAAAUCAUACAAGUUGUGAUGAUUUGGGUCGAGAUAUGAAAGUGCCUGGGACCAGCAAAUCAGAUGUUGUGUGUGGAAAUUUUAAACCAUGUACUACAUCUUGUUCUUGGUUGUUACCUGCUAGUCUGUGGGCAGGGAUCGUGAUUACUGCCCUGAUUCUAUUUUUGAUCCUGUUUAUAAUUUAUUGGAGAAACAAACGUCAGUCAAAAAGAUUAGAGAUUUCUUUAAGCCACAUCUCGCCGGUGCUUCCUCCAGACAUCCUGAAAUACCCUGCAGACUGUGAUGUGGAGAAACAUGCAGAACAUCAGCAACUCACACAUUUAGUUGGAAAUUAUUCAGAAAUGGACAGCAGCAUACAGUGUGAUGGAUUUAUGCCAACGAUGACAAUGUCAAAGAAAUACGGCCCCUCAGCUGCCACAAACAGAUAUACAGACAGCAUCACGUGCCACUCGAACUGUCAGUCGGAGCCACAGGAGUCUGAAUGGAACGAUUAACUCUGGCACAUUAACUUCCUAUUAACCUGACAAUUAUAUAUACUUAUAUAUAUAGUGUGUUUUUUUUCUACCAGUGAAUAAGCUUUACUUCGGUUCUGGUAGAAUGUGUAAAAAACUUUGUUUUUUUUGGUUUUUUUUUAUGGGACAAAAAUUCAUUGAAUAGGCCUACACAUUUCACAAAACCUGUAUUAAUGAAAACAACAGAUACUGCAGUAACACAAUAUGGUCUCUCUUGUAGUAAUAACAAUAUAUUGUCUUUAGUUAAGAUACUACUUAAGAUUUCAUUUUUAAUAAACAUUUGGUAUUUGAUUAAUCCCA